GAACGGCUGACUUGGAUGUCCCAAGGCCGUGACUUUAAAAUUACAAUGAUCAGAGAGGAGAAAGAGAAAGGAAGAGACAGAAAGAAAAUCUCUUUUGUUUGUAACUCAAAUUUUUUAUGCUUCUUGUUCUAUUAUGCCUAAAGAAAGAGCCCCCAUCUCCACUCGCUUAAGAAACAAAGACAAGAACAACAAGUCUGAAGGCUUUUCUACUACGUCUGCACUGUCGGAAAACUUAACGUUUUCUCCAAGAGCGGAUCCCAACAUAUACAUGGACGAACUUCACUCUGACCUUUCGUUUGUCAGAGGCACUGAUCAACAACGAAAAGACUUUCUUCGCCAUGAGAAAAAACGUGCUGCUCAUGCUUACGGGAGCGCCUAUCAUCCUGCUGUCAAGCUAUCUACGUUCUAUGGGGCUCAAGUAUCCCCUCCCGUUGGCUCUAAACGCACUCAGCAUCAAUCAGCUGUAGAGACCAAAAGACCCAGGAUCAUUUUGACACAUUCUUCCUCUGUCAACGAGAAGAAAGAGAAUCGUUUAACAUUGCCUAUCGAUAAGCCAAUAGCCAAGCCAUUCAUGAGCGACAUAGAGAAGGAGAAUGAGUUUAGUCGUCGUCAGCGUCGAGUGUUUGUCCAUAGUCGAUACAUCACUAAUGAAGAAGGUCUCGCCUUGAUUAAAAGUAUAUAUCCUGAACUAGACUCCACAGCCACGAGUAAAUUGAUCACUUCCCUACAAGAGAACUUUGCCAGUUUUCGAAUUAAGCUUAAAAACUUAUUUAAUCAAAGACAAGCUACACUUAGAAUUACUGAAGAAAAGAUGUUAGAAGACCAAACAUCAGCUGAGAACAAAGUUAGAAAACUAGUCAGUGAAUCCAUGUUGAGAACAAUAUGGGCUCAUUGGGUUUCCUCUCCUGCCAUUGACGCUGCUGCCUUUUAUGCUAAUAAGCAGAACAGUGUUCUCCUCAGAACAGUGACUGUCAAGUUAAUCAUUAUCCACUUUAAAGAAUCGUAUCAUUUUAUCACGCCCAAGAAAGCACAUCAAUCCAUGCGCGAAAUAGAUUUAUUAACAAGAUCAUUGGAAUUACCAGACCCGCUUUACUGAGGAAGAUGGUGGUUGCACAUGCAUUUUUUGUAAAAAAUCAAUUAAAACAUAUUCCAUACGUCUUAGCUUUUUGUAAAUAUUAAUAAACAAGAAAAAACCCCCUCCCUUUU